AGGAAACAAAUCCACUGAGCAAGAAAGCCAAGGAAAAUAAACCAGACAGUGUGAUGACUCCAUCCCCUUUGUUUCAUAGGGACAGUUGGCCAGCAGGAGGCACCAAGGCAAAAUUUGAUUUAUCUGUGACUUGUAAGUCAAUCAUAUUAACACACUGACAUCAGUGAGACACUUACCAGUCACCAGUCAGUCAUCAUUGCAGACGACCCCAAAAGGUGUGGUUGUAAAAAAUCCCAUGGAGAGUAGAUGUUUGACUUUGGUGUCCUGGCCAAACUAACCUUUGGUUUCGGUGCAAGUAUCCACACAAAUGCUAUAAAAAAUGUAAGGAAGCUAUUAUACCACUCCUUUCCCUUCCUCUGUUAUUUUUUAUGUUUUUUUAUAUCCCUCAUCUGAUACAGAUGUGUUCAAGUCACUUGUGUGUAACAUGUUAGUGGCUCUUUGACAGAUGGCUGGCAUUGAAUUUGUUUGCUAUGAUGGGCAUGUCUAGUCGAACAGGAAACAAGCUGAGAUAACGAUCACAUUAAGCAGUCUCCGCUCUGCACUUUGGUAAAAUAUCAUUUUGGUAGCUCAUCUGAAAGGCUAUCAAUGUGUGCCUGUGCUAAUGCACAAUAAAUAGUUCUGUGUUUAUUGAUGUUUCUGCUGGUGCCAUUUUGGAGUCGAGAGUUUCUCAGACCGAGUCUUGUUCUCUAAGAAGAAACCACUCUCCUCUCGCACUCCAUCUCAUACCAUGUCAGUCCACUUUCUCACCAAUACCACCGACUCUGGGACAAACAAUAUCACAGCCGUGAGAAAUAGUGCUGUAUCAGUUUCAGGGGCUCUGAUCCUCUGCCUUUUUCUACCCAUUGGUGUUUCUGGAAACCUCUUGAUCAUUUGGAGUAUCCUGGCUCGAACCCGUCACCGUUCCAUCACAACCCUCCUGAUCCUAAACCUCGCCUUUGCAGAUGGAUUCGUGAUGCUUUUGAUGCCUUUUUUCAUUGUUUAUUGGUUCAAACGCAACUGGAUUUUUACCCUGCCACUGUGCAAGAUUCUGCUGUACCUCUGCAGUGCCAACAUGUACGCUUCAAUAUUUUUGAUAACUCUAAUGAGUUUGCACAGGAUGGUGGCUGUGGUGUGGUGGAACCAUGCUGGUGUCCUGACAGAGCGGAGGGCGAUUAUUCGGGUGUUGGUGGGACUGUGGAUUUUUGCUCUCGGCAUAUCAGUACCCAACCCUGUUUUCUACACCACUUUCAGGAGUGAGCUAGAACCAACAUUUUUAAUGUGUUCUUGUAAACAUCCACAGCCACGACAUGUGAUACUGCAGCACUGUUUGGAAAUUGUGCUGGGUUUCUUGAUGCCGUAUGGGCUGAUCAUUAGCAGUUACAUGUGUAUCCUGUGCAGAAUUCGCAGGACGCGGUUUCGUCGGCACAUCCGAAGUGAGAAACUCAUCCUGGUGAUCGUCGUCAUCUUCGGCUUGACCUGGCUUCCUUUCCACAUCAUGAAUAUGUUGGAGAUUGCCGGGACUUUUUUCCCCAGAAGAUUCCCAUGCAAAAGCCAGACUAAAUCAAAUCCGGUUAUCAUUCCGAGGCUUUAGCUCCACUGUCACCUUCAUCAGCAGCUGCAUAAACCCUGUUCUCUACACCUUUGCUGGAAAGUCAUAUAUUAAACGUGAAGGUCUGGCCUUCAUGGCACGGCUCUUUGAAGGCUCAAGGAUCGAGUCCAUGAGAAAGAAUCGGCAGAAUCAGAAAACUCAAGAUUAAGAGAAGAAAGAGGUUGGUCAUCUAAAAGACAGAAUCUGAUUUCAAUAUUUGCUUUUAUGCAGAUUUGAGUAUUUGUGAAAUGGGAAGGGACACGUUUUUGGCUUGUUUUUGGGUCUUGGCAUUUUUCUUUAUACAUUUGUAUUAGGUUUGACUGAAUGAUGCUGUUACUGUCAACACUUUCUUCAAGAUAACUUUCAUGUUGUUUGAUCAUUUAUUAUAUAAUGCAAAGAAAUGUUUAAGUUUUGCUCAAGCGUCCAAAUAUUUUCGCGGGGUCACUGUAGAUCUCAAAGAGUUGGUUUAGGUUUUGUCCAGUAGAGGGCGCCACACAACAGAGAGACAAAAGCACAGACAACUCAGAAAGAGUCUAGUAGAGCAGUGGAAAUGGUUUUAAUUGUUAUGACAGAAAUGUCAAAAUUCAUUAGUUUUGUUUAUUGUUCUAGUUUUGAGCACAAACCUUACUAUAUUCUGUUGUUUAUGCUUGGAACUAUUUGCUAAUGACUUCAAAUAGUAUAACUUAUUUUGCUUCUUUGGUAAACUUAUCUUGUUUUAGUGAUGUUUAGACACUUUUGCAAACAUAACUGGCAAACAUGAAAGAAAAAAAAAAAGUUCCUGUGGUGCACACUGUAUGUUUGACAUACAGAUUGGCUAAGAGCACUUCUGUGACUUUCCCUGAGGAUUGUGUACAUAGAGGUGAAUGUGAUUUUGCCAAGUAGGACAUGUUUUAGAUCAACAUCCUUUUUGGUCCUGGAACAACAUCCCUAGGCAUGCGUUAAAAACGUUUGAUCAACUUAUCCUUUCUGAUUUUAGGGCUAGGUUAGUUGUUAUAGUUGGUUUGGUAUUCAGGUUAAGACUGUUUCUUUUACUGAAAUAUUUGUUCGUUUUGUUCUGAUAAAGAAGUUGUAUUUUAAAUUAUUCCCCGUGUAACAUUGUGUAAGAUUUUAGAAUGGAAGUUCACAAUUUGUUAAUAAA